AUGCUUCCUUUUUCUGCGAGUAACUUUGUAGUAGCUUGUCAUUACACAUGCAUUACUAAUCAUAAUUAGGAUUGACUUACUCAUAGCAAUGUGUAAUGAAGAAAUCCAUGGAAACAAAGAGGUGUUUCCUUGUGGUUUUGGGGCUCCUGUGACCACGCCAUCCCCACCACCCCACGCCCGUGGGUUGGGAGCCGCCCGUGCCCACGGCAGCUCGGAGCUGGGAGCACGGACACUCAUCCAGGGCCCACUCACCGAGGAAGACGUUAUCAGAUCCUCCCUAAUUUGGCUGCUCUUGUGUUGACUUUGCCAAAUAAAGCAAACAUUUGGGCUGGCGGGAGCCCUUCCUGCCUGCUCUGUUUGUCGCUGCCGACGCCGCACGGACGGACGGCGGAUGCGGCCCUGGUGAGGAGCUCCGGGAGGGACCCCGACCACCACCGAGGGGGUUCUGUCCGUCCUCGGGGCUGUGCUCUGCUCCCACCCACCAUGGAGACCCUCCUGGUCUUCCUCGCCCUCCUGGGGGUCACCAGCACCGAGCAGCGUUUUGUGGGGGACCAGGUCCUGCGUGUCACAGCCAGGAACGAGGAGCACAUCACUCUGCUCAGGGUGCUGGGCGAGCAGGAGGAGCUGCAGGUGGACUUUUGGCGUCACCCCAACAGCCCCAGCCACCCCGUGGACCUGCGGGUGCCCUUCCCCAGCCUCCAAGGAGUCAAAACAUUCCUGGAUUCCCAUAAUUUUUCCUACAGCAUCAUGAUUGAGGACGUACAGGAAUUAUUGGAUGAAGAAAAGGAAAGCAUGAGGAGGUCCAGGAGGGUAAAGAGAAGCUCCAGGACAUUUGAUUUUGCCUCCUACCACACUAUAGAUGAGAUCUAUGACUGGAUGGAUGUCCUGGUGGAGGAUCAUCCCAGCCUUGUCAGCAAGGUCCAGAUCGGGCAGAGCUACGAGGGGCGGCCCCUGUACGUGCUGAAGUUCAGCACCGGGGGGUCGAACCGUCCGGCCAUCUGGCUGGACACCGGCAUCCACUCGCGGGAAUGGAUCACCCAAGCCACCGGUGUCUGGACGGCCAACAAGAUCGCCGAGGAAUAUGGGCAGGACCUCUCUGUCACGGCCAUCCUGGACAGCAUGGACAUCUUCCUGGAGAUUGUCACCAACCCUGACGGCUUUGCCUUCACCCACAGCUCUAACCGCCUGUGGCGCAAGACCAGGUCCAUCACCGCCGGAUCCCGCUGCGUCGGAGUGGAUCCCAACCGAAAUUGGGAUGCUGGGUUUGGAGGUGUCGGCUCCAGCAGCAAUCCCUGCUCUGAGAUCUAUCAUGGCCCUCACGCCCACUCCGAGAGGGAAGUGAGAGCCAUCGUGGAUUUCAUCCGCGCCCACGGGAACGUGAAAUCCGUCAUCUCCAUCCACAGCUACUCCCAGAUGCUGCUCUUCCCAUACGGAUACAGGCGGGCACCCGCACCCGACCACCAGGAAAUGAAUGAACUGGCCAAGAAGGCCGUGAGUGACUUGGCUGCCGUGUUCGGGACAAAAUACACCUACGGCAGCAUCGCCAACACCAUCUACAUGGCAGGAGGCACCACCAUCGACUGGGCCUAUGACAACGGGGUGAAAUAUUCCUUCAGCAUGGAGCUGAGGGACUCGGGGCGCUACGGAUUCCUCCUACCCAGCUCCCAGAUCGUCCCCACUGCCACCGAGACGUGGCCAGCGCUCCUGGACAUCAUGGUCCACGUCCUGGAGCAUCCAUACUGACCCCAGCCUCUCCCACAGCAUUCCCUCCUCUCAAUAAAUCCGCAUGGAGAUUCA